AUGAGCAACGACAGCGAUCCCAGCGCGGGGGAGCAGAUAUGGUCGUGCACCACGGGCUCCGGCGGCGUGGUUGACUCCAACAGCAACUGCUACAACACCACCAUCGAUGCCUCCCAGAUCGUGUUUGGCCUUGCCAUCAACUCAGCCAUCGGCAUCCUCUGCUACAUCGGCUUUGUGCUGUGGCGCGGAGAGUUCAGAGUCUACUUCAACCGCUUGGUUAGCACGGCGGUGCCCGAGGCGCAGCGCCCGCCCCCGCUGAAGCUGGGCGGGCACCACCACCUCUGGAGCUGGCUCAUCCCUGUGUUCAAGCUGUCGGAUGGGGCACUGCUGGAAUCCGCGGGCCUGGACGCCCUGGUUGCGCAGCGCAUCCUGGGCUUUGGCUGCCUGGCACUGCUGCCGCUCACCAUCCUGGGUGUGGGAGUGUGA